CUGGGCGCUCGUGCCAUCCGAAAAAAAUUAGGGACGUCGAUAACCUAAAAAUUUUAAACUUUGCAUAAUAUACGGCGAGUGCUAGCGGCGAUUUUUAUGUAAUAUGCUGUAAUAAAGUUAUGUAACUAUCAUUUUGGCCUCAUAUUUUGGCGGGUUACGAUAGUCUACUCUUCACCAUGGCGGCGGUCGUUCGCGCGCUUUCCUUUUGACAGUUCAGUGCGUUUGAAAUUCGAAUUCGCGAAAAAAGUGUGUGUUCCAUUUUGAGUGUCAAAAAUAAGUAGUGUGUGAUUUUAUUUUUCUAAUUUGGCAAAGGAAUUUAAUUAGAAAACAAUGUUGAAAGGAUACUGAGCACAAAAUGACAGUCAUCGCGAAGAAAUCCACCAACAUGGAAACUAAUAUAUCUGAUGUGAAUUAUGUGCGCGACUGUACCGCCGUAGACGUGAACAUGAACGAGAAACGGCUGACGACUGUACAACAAUUUUAUAAUGGAAAGAAUAUUCUAAUAACUGGCGCUACAGGUUUCCUCGGCAAAAUUCUGGUGGAGAAACUUCUUCGGUGCUGUCCAGGUGUUGAAAAUCUGUACCUUUUGGUUAGACAGAAAAAAGGAAAGGAUAUUUACACGAGAAUAGAUGAAAUUUUCGAUGACCCUGUGUUCGACCGGCUCAAAGAACAGCUGCCGAAGUUCCGCCACAAAGUGGUGGUGGUUCCUGCUGACUGCGAGGUCGCUGGGUUGGGUCUGACGCUGUCUGACAGGCAGAUGUUAACUGAAAAGGUCAACAUAAUUUUCCACUCGGCAGCCACUGUGAAAUUUGACGAGCAUCUGAGAGCGGCGCUGAACACCAAUGUCAGGGCGCCUCUCCAUCUCCUCAGGUUGGCCAGGGAUAUGAAGGACUUAGACGUACUAAUGCACAUAUCGACUGCAUACUCCAAUUCCCACCUUUCUCACAUAGAAGAACGAUUCUAUCCAUGUGAAGCUGACUGCGAACAAUUGCAUAGGAUGAUAGACAAGCUGACCGACAGAGAAAUAGAUGACUUACUGCCUACGAUUUUAGGAGCAUGGCCAAAUACCUACACAUUUACAAAAGCGCUUGCGGAAAAAGAAUUACGAACAAACGCUUCUGGUAUGCCCGUUGGUAUUUUCAGGCCAGCAAUAGUCACAUCUACAUACAAGGAACCAAUAAAGUGUUGGUUGGACAACAUGUAUGGUCCCACAGGAGUUGCUGUAGGCAGUGCGACAGGCAUCCUUCGGACUCUGCAAUGUGACCCUGAGGUCACAGCUGACCUGGUGCCCGUUGACAGCGUGGUCAACUGCCUCAUGGUGGCUGCGGCGAAAGUCAACGCUUCCUAUAAAACGAGUACACCACCACAUGAACCGCCCGUUUUCAACUACGUUAGUUCGGCUGAGAACAGGAUGACCUGGGGCGACUUUAUGAGGUUGAACAUGGCCAAGUUGGACAAAACACCGUUCUCGAACGCUAUUUGGUAUUUCUCAUUGACACUCACGAAAUCAGCGAUGAAAUACAACAUAUACGCGUUCUUCCUACAUUUAAUACCCGGGGCGUUGAUCGAUGCGCUAUCGAUAUGUCUGGGAAGGAAACCUAAAAUGCUGAAGGUCUACAAGAAGGUGCACAAGCUGUCGUCAGUUCUGUCGUACUUCUGCACACACGAACUCACAUUCUGCAACAAAAAUACGCAGGAACUAUGGAAUUCUACAUCUGAUGAUGAUAAGAAGAUAUUCCCGUUUAGCAUGAGAGAGGUGAAUUGGGAGGAGUUCUUUGAAGAAUACGUAGUUGGAUUGAGGCGGUAUUUGUUUAAGGAAAGCGAUGACAUGCUACCACAAGCCAAGAUGAAGUGGAAAAGAUUGUACUAUCUACAUCAGAUAGUGAAAAUAAUUUUCUGCGUCCUUGCAAUUUAUAUUCUGUGGUCGGUGUUCUUGCGUCUAUGGUAGAAGUGUACAUUUUUAUUGUAAAUAUUAUGGUUACUAAGUCAAUUUAGUUAUGGUCGGUCAGCGAUAUUUAAUUUUAAGUUUAUCUAAACGAACGAUGAUUCGUUCUUUAGAUUUAUAAAUUUUGUACUAACUUACAGAAAAACAUUUUUUUACUGAAAAUCGACAUAUUAUGUACAAAUUGUUUUAAAGAGUAAAAAUUAUUCGACAUACACGAGAUAUUAUGGCGGACUAAAAUCCUGAGUUUUAUUUUCAAAAUACCGGCCAGGUAGGUAUUUUAUUGUAAAAGUUAGUUGAUUCCAGAAACUAACUUAUUUAAACAGUUUCGCAUAUUUCAAUUAGGUGAGUAGUUACCUUAUAAUGUAACAAACCAAAUAUUUUGUACCAUUAUUUAUGUUUAAACAUAAAUAAAUUAAAAAUAAUAUUCCAUUAGUUACAUAUCGUAAAUAAGAUAGACACGCGCCUCCAUAUAAAUUUUUGAGCUAGAUAAUAUGAUUCUGAGGUCGUAAUUAUUAUUGAGGAGGUUGCACAAAUAAACGAAUGUUCAAAUUAUAUUUACCUAAGUAAAAUUGCUCAAUUCUUUUAAUACACACCAAAUUUAUGUAAAAUAAUGUUUUAUUAUAAUAAAUGAACUGGAUAAAAAUAUACGGUUUGACUAUACUUUGAGCUAUGUGCCUAUGAAAAAAGUGUUCAGUUUAUUAUAAAAAAAAAAAACUUAACUUCGAGAAAAGGAUGGUACGGCCGUGCCGCUUUUUUUGCUCGACUGGCGGGCGCACUGCCGUGCCCCCAGAUAAAUAUUUAAGAAGGUCAGUGUCUUCUUUAUGAAAUGAAUUAAAAUAUUUAUGCUUUUUUUACAUACUAUUUUCAAGACUGUUGAACAAAUAUAUUCUUUGCAUUGUUUAUUUUUUAUAUACAUAUACCAAAUGGUGUUAUGAAUUUCGGCACAUAGAUUCGAGAUAAAAUAAAUUGUCCACGCUAUUGGUCGCUAACUGAAUUUUUGUCGUGGUCACAGACCGGACUAGAAUGUCAGUCUAUCGGUGCUUGAAAAUAUGGUUAAACCGUCACAUUUCAAGAUCUAACCAAAAUGGUAUUUAAGUAUUGGUAUCUAUUUGUU